CGAAAAUCUGCAGCGCCCUUGAUCAUGUCCAGUACCGAGUGCGAUGGGAGAAAAUGCGGAAGAAAUAAAAGAAGAAAAACAAAAGAGAAGAACCGGAGCCCGAAAACAGGAGAUAAACGGGAGAGGCGGGAGGUCACAUGACCACAGGGAGGCUCAGCUGAGGCCCACUUCCGGUUUCUCACCGUUACUAUGGAGACCGAGAGUUUACACUGAGAGAUAAAGGGACCGCGGAGCGGAGGUGACAGCGGCGAAGUGUCCUGCUGGGAGUUGUAGUUCUACAGAAUAGACGGUAUUAUGGGCGCCGGCAGUGAUGAUGUUCGGGUGUUUGUUCGCCUCCGGCCGACCUCUCAUUUUGCACAAGAGACGAUCAGACUCGGGGAGGACAGUAAGUCCAUAGACGUUCACCUGAGGAAGGACGAGAAGUUGGGGGUGGUGAAUAACAAGCGAUAUGAUUGGUCAUUUAAAGUGGACGGGAUUCUCCACAACGCGUCUCAGAGCUCGGUGUACGAUACUGUGGCCAAGUCUGUUGUGUCUCGAGCCUUACAGGGCUAUAAUGGUACGAUCAUGUGUUAUGGACAGACAGGAGCCGGAAAGACUCACACAAUCACCGGGGCCUCGGAGAACUACAAGAACCGAGGCAUCAUACCCCGAGCCCUGCAGCAGGUGUAUAAGGAGAUCGCUGAGCUGAGUGAUCAGACCGUCACCGUGAGGAUUUCCUACCUGGAGAUUUACAACGAGACGCUGUUCGACCUCCUGUCCACCCUGCCGGACACCCCGACCUCCGACACCCAGAUGACCAUCGCGGACGACCACCAGGGGGUGUAUGUGAAAGGGCUGUCUCUCCAUCACGCCGCAGAUGAGGAGCGCGCCCUGAACCUGCUUUUUGAGGGGGAGACAAACAGAAUCAUCGGGUCGCACACCCUGAAUAAGAACUCCUCCCGGUCUCACUGUAUCUUCACUAUUCAUCUGGAGUCUCAUUCUAGAUCUUUAUCCAAUGCAAAAUACACUAUAUCGAAGAUUAACCUGGUGGACCUGGCCGGCUCCGAGAGACUUGGUAAAACCGGGUCUGCAGGACAAGUCCUCAGAGAAGCCACAUACAUCAACAAGUCGCUGUCCUUCCUGGAGCAGACCAUCAUCGCCCUGGCCGACCGCCGCGACCACGUACCGUACCGGCAGAGUAAGCUCACUCACGCCCUCAAGGACUCCAUAGGAGGGAACUGUUACACCGUUCUGGUAGCGAAUAUCUAUGGUGAAGCGGCACAGAUGGAUGAGACUCUGUCCACGCUACGAUUCGCCAGCAGGAUGAAAUGUAUCCCGGCGGAGACGGUCGUCAUUGAGCGCUAUGACCCUGUGCGAGAGUGUAAGAACCUGCAGCGAGAGAUCGAUCACCUGAGGCGGGAGCUGGCCAUCCACGACACCCUGAGCAAACGCCCCCCGGCCAGCUAUGAACCGUUCAGUGACAGCCAGAUGGCGGAGAUCAGCUCUCAGGUGCGCCGGUAUCUGGACGGCGCUCUGGAUGAGAUAGAAAUCAUAAACCUCCGACAAAUCCAGGAAGUUUUCUCCCAAUUCCGGACUAUAUUGAAUCGGCAGGAGCAGGAGGUGGAGGCUCGGCUGAGGGAGAAAUACACGCUGAUCGAUAAGAACGAUUACACCACCGUCACCGCCGCACAGAAGGCCGGUGUGUUGGACGCAGACGGGCAGCUGGUCGGGGAGGUGGAUGGCAGCAGUUUCGGCAUCGGAGUGGCGCCAUUUUCUUCCAAGUCGACCCGUUCGCUGUCUGAGAGAAAAAACAAAGGCCGGAAAUCUAAGGAUCCGUCCAGUCCCACGAGUCGCAGAGAAGGCGCAGCAAGCCCCGCCCCCGGGAAGGAUCUAGAAGCCGUCUCGCCAUCCAAAACCAUGAUGUCCAUGUCCACCCGGGAGCUGGACGUGAAGGAGUCGGCGAUCAAGGAGCAGCAAGAAAGCGCAACUCUGGACACCCAGCGAGCAGAACCGGCAGCGAGAGGGGAGACGAGCCGCCCCGGGACUCCUCCCCCAAAAGCUUCAGCCUUCGAGGAGUUUAAAGCAGAAAGAGGCAGCGAACUGAACCGAAUCUUCAAGGAGAAUAAAUCCACCUUGUCUGAGCAGAGGAGGAGGCUGAAGGACAUCACCCAGAGGAUCAACCUCAUCAAAGAGGAGAUCGAUACCACAACCCGGAGCCUCAACCUGGCCAAACUGGAGCGGGAGAAGCAAGGUGAAUACAUCAGUGAGGAGGGACAGGUUAUCAUUGAUGAGGAGGAGUUCACGCUGAUCUGCAGACUCAAGGACCUGAAGAAGCAGUACCGGGCCGACUACGAUGAGCUGCAGGAUGUGAAGGCGGAGGUGCAGUACUGCCAGAAGCUGGUGGAUCAGUGCCGGCAGCGGCUGAUCGCAGAAUUCGAGGUUUGGUACAAUGAAUCGUUCAUCAUCCCAGAGGACGUGCAGAAUUCUGUGAAAUUUGCCGGUCCCCUGAGACCCUCCAUGAUCCCGGUGAAUAAGCUGCUGUCAUUGGGUGAAGACGACCAGGAACGUUACGAUAAACUUCAGCAGGAUCUGUUACUGGAGGCCCCGGGGUCCCUCCCAUUCAACAACGCCAGAAUCAGGACCGAUCGGCAGCACAAUUACACCCGGACUCAGCUGCCCCCGACCAAGAAGAAGGCGGGAGCCAUAACCAGCAGCGUGAAGAACAAGCCCCCCUCCAUACUGACUGCCAUGUGAUACCCACCUCUACCGCCGGAGGGCACCAUAACCAGCAGCGUGAAGAACAAGCCCCCCUCCAUACUGACAGCCAUGUGAUACCCACCUCUACC